UCGUCCGUAAAGAAAUCCAUUCCUCGUCUUCUUGUACUCCCAGGCUCUACUCUCUCUCAUGCUCUCUUUCUCUGGGCUCAAAGAGAUGAAAGAGUUGAGAUCUCCGCUCUCCGCCUCGCUGGAUCGCGGCGACGGAUCUCAGGCCGGUGACCGGCGGCUCCCCCGGCUGAACCGAUCCAUCCGCUUCGCCGCCGACUGCCCACGCUCCCCCUCCCGCCCCUCCUCCUCCGCCGUGCCCUUCUCCUGGGAGCAGCGCCCGGGGAUCCCCAAAUUCCAUGGUAACCCUAAGUCUCGUCCAACCGAUCCCCUCCUCCCCCUCCCGCCCCCCCUCCGAUCCUCCUCCUCCGAGAGCUUCCGGAAGAAGCGAUCCCACGCCCGGCCCGCCGCCGACCCAUUCGCGGCGGCCCUCGCGGAGUGCGCCAAGGAGCCCCCGCUGCCGUCCGAUGGAGCGGCCGAGAUGGGGAUGAGCAGGAAGGGCGCGGACCGGCGGCGGGGAGCUGCGGCGGCGGCGGUCUGGUCGAUCUCCGACCGGUUCGGCAUCCUCGGCUUGGUCGGGUCGUGCAAGAGUGGGAGGGGUUCCGUUGCAGACUCCACGGUUUGCGUCCCCCGGUCCAGCCUCCGGAACGGCAACGCCUACAGGCUCUUGAACCGUCGGGCGGCCUGACCGAGCUACCCGGUCCAAAGAAAGGUCGCUGGUUGCAUACUUAAUACUAUAUAAUAAAUCCAGUUAAUGGAUAUAUUUGUCUACGUUUGUGACAGUAAUGAUGGUUAUUUGCUUUAGUUUCUUCCCUCCGUACGAUUAGAAAAAUUAAGUUGGACACGAGCCCUGAGUUGGCCCUCCACAAUCGGCAAUGCGGAAUUAUGAAGUGGGAUUGGAAUCAUUAGGUGGCUAUUAUUACUAGGUUGGCUUUAUUUUCUCCAUUUUGUUUGGUAAAGUUAUCACCUCCUCCAUCUACUCCUGAGUCGGUGGUAUCUACCACCCAUGGGCCAGUGAUUACUGCUGUAGAUGAUAACACAUAAGAGGGAGAGAGUAAUAUCAAUUUAAUGCACUUUUUGAUGAA